UGUCCGCCGGAAGCACCGGCGGCCGCGGCGGCGGAUGGAGACUGAGCCGGAGCGAGCGGAGGCGCCGCGGAGAGGCGGCGUCGCCGGGGUACUAAAGAUGGGCCGUCGAGCCCGCCAAGACCUCUUUGCAGGUGAAAAACUCAGCAGGAAGAAUUCCCCGUCUGCUUCUCUCGGAGAGGUUCCACCACCUAAACCCCCGCGCCGGCAAGGAGGCUGGGCGGAUGAUCCUGUACUGGCAUCUACCAAGUCAGGAAGAAAGCAUGCAGAAGAAGUAGAAGACCAUCGUCUCAGACAGCAGAGCCUGGAGGCAUCAGAUGAUGGAGGAGACAUUCCUGUGAUCCCUGACUUGGAGGAUGUCCAGGAGGAAGAUCUGGCCAUGCAAGUGGCAGCUCCCCCCAGUGUGCAGGUGAACCGAGUGCUGACCUACCAUGACCUGGACAAAGAUCUAAUGAAAUAUGCUGCUUUCCAGACUCUGGAUGGGGAAGUAGACCUGAAGCUCCUCACCAAAGUUUUGGCUCCAGAGCAUGAGCUACGAGAGCUGUUCCCCCUGAUAUAUCCUUGCUAAACUUCCACUGGGCAGAAAGAUGGUCAUUUCAUGACAUGGCAUAUGAGUGGCUUGGAAAACAUGAAGAAAUAGAAUGCCUGCAGCUUUCUUGUGAUGCAUUUGACUUCUGAGCCCAGCAAGACAAUGGUUGAAAUAGACUGGUUCGUUCAUCGAUUGUUUCAUUUUUAUACUAUAUGCUCCUUUGCUCUUGUGCUUUGCUCUUGUGCUGCAGCAAAACCAGUGAGAUUGUAAUAUUCCGUGCCAGGAAUAUUUUC